GCGCCCGCGACUUAAGCAUUUCCAUUAAAGAUAAAUGGUUAUCUUAGCGCAACAUCCACUUCCUCCUCAACGCCACUACCUUCUGCACUCUCCUGCAUCUCAAUCGCAGAGAUCCUCCGCGCUACUUGGCCUUGAGCUAAGCGCGAUCUUCAUACUUCUGACAUCUUCAUACCUCUGACCUACCUGCCCACCAUGGCCGAAACCAAUGACGUCGAGCAUGUUGCGGAGGAGACAAAGCAAGAGGAGACGCCCGAACAGCUACGAGCGCAGCUGGCAAAUCUCACGGAACGCGCCAAUGCGCGCGAAGCCUUGAAAGACUAUAAUACAGCAGCUGAACUGUAUUCGCAAGCUAUGGAGAUACAGGCGCAACUGAAUGGAGAGAUGUCACCUGAGAACGCUGACCUGCUCUACGCUUAUGGAAAGUCGUUGUACAAUGUCGCCGUGAGCAAAAGCGACGUCCUCGGAACUAAGGUCGCCGGCAAAGCAGCAGAUUCCGAACCUGCUCCUGCACAACCGUCGAAUAAAUCCGGAUCGAAGAGCACUGGCCAGGGAGCUACACAGAAGGGCGCUACUGGUGAAACAGGUCAAACGAAAACAGAAGAGAACCGGCCCUACUUCCAGUUCACGGGAGACGAGAACUUCGAUGUCUCAGACUCGGAGGAAGGGGAGGAUGCGGAGAACGAGGGCCCCGAUGAAGAGGAAGAUGAUUUCGCAAACGCUUUCGAGGUGCUCGACCUGGCCCGUGUCCUCGUAUUGCGAAAGCUUGAAGAUGUGGAAAAUAAGGACAGCAGUAGUGGCAAAGCGGCCGAUAUGCCUCCUGAGGUGAAGACCCUUAAGGAACGACUCAGCGACAUACAUGAUUUGCAAGCGGAGAUCUCCCUCGAGGCGGAAAGAUUCGCGGACGCUGUUUCUGAUCUUCGAGCUGCCCUUGAGCUGAAGGAGUCACUCUUCCCAUUUGAAGACCCUACCGUCGCCGAAUGUCAUUACAAACUUUCCCUUGCUUUGGAGUUUGAUUCCGUCCACAAAGCCGAAGACGGAACCGUAAGUGAAGAUCAGUCCGGCGCCGACACCGAGAAGAGAGAAGAGGCUAUCAAGCAUAUGGAAAAGGCCAUUGAAAGCUGCAAAGUGCGAAUGGCAAAGGAACAAAGCAAACUCGACAAUGGAGAGGUGACAGAUGAGGAUAAGGUGGCUGCAGCAAAGCGCAAAAUAGGCAACGUGAAGGAGAUUGUGGCGGAUAUGGAACAACGCCUACUUGAUCUCCGGCGUGGGCCAGUUUCUGCUGCACAGAACGACGAUCUAAAUCCCUUGAAUGGGCUUCUUGGGCAGAUCCUUGGACAGGCGCCUGAGCAGCAGAAGGCCAAGCUUGAGGAGGCUGUGAAGAACGCCAACGAUCUCUCGUCGUUUGUGAAAAAGAAGAAGCAACCCGCUCCUGCUCCUGCUCCUGCUGCUACUGGUGAGAAGAGAUCCGUCGAUGCGGACGGUGAGCAACCUUCGAAGCGAGCGAAGGUUGAGGAGAGCACAGAGGAGUAAUCUCAGAGAGAGAGAGAAAAGAAAUAAAUGACCGUACCUACGGAACAGUGAUACCCACAAAAAAAGAAAAGGGAUAGGCUGAGUUAAAUGCAUGGUAUCUUUUUUUCAUUAUCGUGAUUUCGCAUCAUGUGUAUCAUUAGACUGCGCUUGAAUGACAGGCAGUUU